GCGACGUAGCAACACUCCUUUCCACCCAAAUAAUCCAUUUGGACUCAAUUUUCAUCACACAAACACACUCCCUCUCUCUCCAAUGGACCUAAGAUGAACAUUCUCCGACCUCCUCCGACUUCGUCUUCGUCGUUUCCUCCAUACACAAACUCCGUCACUUUAACCGCCGCCGCUUCUUUCACUCCCACCCACAACCCCAUAUCCCUCUGCUCUAUCAACCCACUCCCCACAAACCGCCACUUUUUCGUACGGUCCGCCUCCGGAACUGCCAACAGUUCCGCCGGAGACCUCUCCUCAUUCUUAGGCUCUUCUCCAGAACCUUACUCAACACACAACGACCAAGAGCUUCUGUCUCUCCUCCGAAACAGAAGAACAGACGAAGCUUGGGCUAAGUAUGUCCAAUCCACUCAUCUCCCUGGCCCCACAUGUCUUAGCCGUUUAGUUUCACAAUUGUCUUAUCAAUCCAAACCAGAGAGUCUCACGCGCGCGCAGUCCAUCCUCACGCGCCUCAGAAAUGAGCGCCAGCUCCAUCGCCUCGACGCUAACUCUCUCGGCCUCCUCGCCAUGGCCGCCGCGAAGUCAGGUCAGACGCUUUACGCCGUCUCCGUUAUCAAGUCAAUGCUCCGUUCUGGGUACUUACCUCACGUUAAGGCUUGGACUGCUGCAGUAGCUAACCUCUCUGCUGCUGGUGACGAUGGACCUGAAGAGUCUAUCAAACUCUUUACGGCUAUUACACGAAGAGUUCAACGCUUUGGAGAUCAAUCUUUGGUUUCUCAGUCUAGGCCUGAUACUGCUGCGUUCAACGCUGUGCUUAACGCUUGUGCGAAUAUUGGUGAUACUGAGAAGUAUUCGAAGUUGUUUGGUGAGAUGUCUGAGUGGGAUUGUGAACCUGAUGUGUUGACAUAUAAUGUAAUGAUUAAGCUGUGUGCUAGAGUUGGAAGGAAGGAGCUGAUUGUGUUUGUUGUGGAGAGGAUUAUUGAGAAGGGAGUUAAGGUUUGUAUGACUACGAUGCAUUCACUUGUUGCGGCUUAUGUUGGUUUUGGUGAUUUGAGAACUGCAGAGAGGAUUGUUCAAGCUAUGAGGGAGAGAAGGAGAGAUCUUUGUAAGGUUUUAAGAGAAUGUAAUGGAGAGGAUUUGAAGGAGAAAGAAGAGGAAGAAGAAGAAGAAGAAGAAGCAGAAGAUGGGUUUGAUGAUGAAGAAGAUACAGUUUAUACUGCUCGGGAUGAAGUGGUCGAAGAAGGGUCUGAGGAUAUGUUCAAGAAGUUGUUGCCUAACUCGGUUAACCCGAGAGAAGAACCACCAUUGUUGCCUAAAGCCUUUGCUCCUGACUCAAGGAUCUACACAACGUUAAUGAAAGGUUACAUGAAGAAUGGGCGUGUGGCGGAUACAGCUAGAAUGCUUGAAGCGAUGAGGCGUCAAGAUGAUAGAAAUAGCCACCCAGAUGAAGUUACCUACACAACGGUUGUGUCAGCUUUUGUAAAAGCCGGGUUGAUGGAUAGAGCAAGACAAGUGUUAGCUGAGAUGGCUAGGAUGGGUGUACCUGCGAAUAGGAUUACAUACAAUGUCCUCCUCAAAGGAUAUUGUAAGCAGCUACAGAUAGAUAAGGCUGAGGAUUUGCUAAGAGAGAUGGCUGAAGAUGCAGGGAUUGAGCCAGAUGUUGUGUCCUAUAACAUUAUAAUAGAUGGAUGCAUUCUUAUAGAUGACAGCGCAGGAGCUUUGUCGUUCUUCAAUGAAAUGAGAACGAAAGGGAUUGCACCAACUAAGAUUAGUUACACUACUUUGAUGAAGGCUUUUGCAAUGUCGGGGCAACCAAAGUUGGCUAAUAGGGUGUUUGAUGAGAUGAUGAGGGAUCCAAGGGUCAAAGUUGAUUUGAUUGCGUGGAACAUGUUGGUUGAAGGGUAUUGCAGGCUAGGUUUGAUUGAAGAUGCAAAGAGAGUAGUUUCGAGGAUGAAAGAAAACGGGUUUCACCCAAACGUGGCGACUUAUGGGAGUCUAGCUAAUGGGGUUUCCUUGGCGAGGAAGCCAGGUGAGGCGCUUUUGCUAUGGAAGGAGAUAAAGGAAAGGUGUGUGGUGGUGAAGAGAGAAGAAUCUGAAGGAGAUUCUUCUCCUCCGAUGCUGAAACCUGAUGAAGGGUUGUUAGAUAUGUUAGCUGAUAUAUGUGUGAGAGCUGCGUUUUUCAAGAAAGCAUUGGAGAUAAUCGCGUGUAUGGAAGAGAAUGGGAUACCUCCGAACAAAACCAAGUUUAAGAAGAUCUAUGUGGAGAUGCACUCGAGGAUGUUCACUAGCAAACAUGCGUCACAAGCUAGGGUAGAGAGGAGGGUGGAAAGAAAGAGAGCGGCUGAAGCUUUCAAGUUUUGGCUUGGUUUGCCUAAUUCUUACUAUGGCAGUGAGUGGAAGUUAGGUCCAAGAGACGACUAG